AUGGCACCGAAUCAUACGGAGGGCUUGGCCGCUAUGGCGCAUCCUCCUGCCGUCGACCCCGUCACCUUUGUGUAUACUUCGACCCUGAACUCUUCGACCUCAUCGCUCAACCUUCCCAAGGAUCCCAAAUCUUCCAUGCCGAGCAAUUCGGAAGAGAGCUCACAGGAAGAUUCACCUGCCAGUCUGACAUUGAGGUGCUUUACACCUCCCUUAGAUAACCAUCCCAACACAGCAUCCUCAUCGCAAGCGGAGGAGUCCCCGGCAUGGAAAGGUUCGUUCGCCAUAUCAGAACAACAAUGGCAUCAGCUAGCUUCCGAGCAACAAUGGCAUCAUCUUGCGUCCACACUCAAUAUUGUUAGACCGGUCCAAAGUUUGAGUGAUCUCAAACUUCCCAGUCGCUUGACAUUGGAGAGAUUACUCAGAGCAUUCGCUGAGUGCUUUCUCAUUUACAUUCCAUGUAUUCAUAUGCCGACCUGGAAAGCAGAGCUGGCCCCUCCUUGCAUGAUCUUUGCGAUGGCAUCCAUUGGCGCCAGUUACUAUGACGACGAUGCAACUGCAACUUCACUUCAUUGCAUUGCCCAGAUGUGCAUAAAAAACCAUAUUGAAUUGAGCCCACUCACUAUCGCAGACGAGCCGCUAUGGGUACUGCAGUGUCUGCUAUUGAUCAUGGCAAAUGGUACAAAAAACAGCGAUUUUCGUACGUUUCAAGAAUCUGCAUCGUUGGCAUCUCUUUUGAUCGAGGGCAUUCAGUAUAGAAAGAUCUCUCCAUACGUGCCAGAGUCAGUCGGUGGAAGUGGCAGUAUUCUAGAGCAAUGGCAGAAGUGGAUUGAUUCUGAGACGACUGUACGAACAAUCUGUGCAAUAUAUGUCUAUCUGUGUGCCCUAGGAGCCACAUUUCAUACGGCAAGCUAUUCCUGGAGCCUGGAUAUUAGCGAUUGCUUUCUGCCCUGCGAUGAAUCGGAAUGGACAAGUGUAUCGCCACAAGCGUGGUUGGAAAAGCGAAAGUCCAAUUCCGAACCCCCUAUUCAGUUCUCAACGGCCCUAGCCAAUAUCAUGUCUGCCCAAGGUGCACCACCGCUUCGACUGAGUCUUUUCGGGUCCUAUCUGACAUUACACGGUAUUGUUAAACAUCUGGCGAAUCUCUACCAGGACAACUGGCUUAUGAAUUCGUUACCAACACACGUACAACGGGUUGAAGAAUCGUUGGCUCGGUGGCGGAUCUACUCCGAGCAGAACCCCGAGUUUCAUUGUUCAUCGAGGUACCCUAGCGGAGUGAUUGCCGCAAAUGCCCUUUCGUUAUAUCGUCAGGCUCAUGUCCGACUGUGUGGAAACUUCAGGCCUCUCCGAGCGGCCCUGACGACUCGAAAUAUGCAGAAUAUCACUUCCAAGUUAAAUGAAAUCAAAGUCAACAUCUCAAGCUCAAGGACAUGUGUGAAAGCCGCUUGGUGUGCUAUUGAAGCACUCCAGAUUUCAGUAGUAAUGGGAAUGGCCCAAGCAGGAUCCAUCUCUGGAUGGAACUCUAAGUUACUAUUCAACGCCUAUUCAUUGGAAUGCUGUGAGUGGUUUCAUUUCUUCUACCUCCCCUUUCCUUGGCAGCCACUCGCCCUGCCCUGCGCUGGUAAUAACCAGAAUUAA